AUGCCCGGUAUUAAGGAGUUCCUGACAGGUCUCAUUGAUGUCGUCUUGGAACGUCUGUCUGCCAUUUGGAUCGCCGUGUCAAGCACUGAGAAAGCAACAAUUCCGAACGUUUUCCGAAAAACGGUACUUCCACGGCUGACGAAGGUGAAGGUACCUGUGCAUGCUCUGAUCACACAGUCAUAUGGACCUCUUCCAUCUUCCAUUGUUAAGGAUCUGGACGAAGAGAGCUCCUUUGAACAUCUACUCCUCCUCCCGAGGUUCCGGUAUGGGAGGAGGAAGCAGUAG